AUGAAGACCAUUGUCGUCUUGGGUGUUGGCCUCGCCGGCGCCCCCCUGAUCCGCCAAAUCAUGCGCACCACCGUCCUCAAGAGCAAAGACUACAAAAUGAUUGUCGUCAGUCCGACAACACACUUCCACUGGCCGAUAGCCAUGCCGCGCGUCGUCGUCCCCGGCCAGAUGCCCGACGAAAAGAUCAUGUACCCCCUCGAACCGACGUUCAGGGAGUACCCCAAGGACAAAUUCGAGUUUGUGCUCGGCAGCGCGAGCAGUCUCGACCCGGACGGCAACACCGUGACAGUUGCGUUGGACGACGGCACGAGCAGGGACGUCUCGUACGACACGCUCUUCAUCGCGACGGGGUCGUCUGCAAAGGAUGAGAUGCCGUGGAAGUUGGUGGGCACGGCGGCCAACACGUUUGACCGGAUUCACGCGCUCCAGAAACAGGUCGAGAGCGCGGACACGGUUGUCGUUGCGGGUGGUGGGUUGACGGGGGCAGAGACCGCCGGCGAGAUUGGGUAUCAGUAUGGCAAGAAUCGCAAGAAGCAGGUGUAUUUUAUUUAUAACAACGAGUUGCCGCUGUCGCCGGCUGUCAUGGACAGCGUGCGCAAGCAAACCAAGCUUGAGCUGGAGCGGAUGAACGUCAAGCUCAUGCCCAAGACGACUGUGACAAAAGCCACGAUCCAGGGAAAAGACACGAUUCUGCAGCUACGCCACGCAGACGGGACGACCAAGACGCUCACCACGCAGGCAUAUCUCCCCACGACGGGCAUGACGCCCAACACGUCGUUUGUGCCGACCAAGAUGCUCGACAGCAACGGAUACGUGAAGCAGACGUCGUUUCUCAGGGCGGAAGGGUACAAGAACAUCUUUGUGGUUGGCGAUGCCGGCAACCUCGAGGAUAAUAGAGCCCUGGCUGCUGACGGGCAGGCCGGGCAUCUCAUCAAGGUGCUGCCGGGGUACUUUGACGGCGGCUCCCUGGCCGAGUACAAGGUCAACACGAAGCCCAUGUACGGCAUUACGCUUGGCCAGAGCAAGGGGACGGGGCAGAUGGGCAGUUUCAAGGUGUUUAGUUUUCUGAUAUGGUUGCUCAAGGGGCGGUUCUUGGGCACGGACAAGGCUCCUGGUGUUGCGGCCGGGAAGAUGACCAUGUCGGCGACGUUUGAGAAGUAA